AGAGCUCGCCUUGAGCUUGGACUCUAUCACGUGCACAUCACGGCGUGGUUCAAGAGAUUUCCGAGAGACCAGUUCUUUUGGCUUCACUACGAGACCUACAGUUCUGAUCCUGCCUCGACCCUCAGGAGAGUGCACGAUUUCCUGGGUGUGGGCAGGUUGCUCGAGCCAUUUUCUCUUAUCGAUCUGUAUAGAGAUGUAUUGGGGUCAAGGUAACAUUGCUGAGUAGUGGGUAAGUUGCUUGUGUAUCUGCCUACUAUCGUUCUGUAUAAAGAUGUUGCGUUGUCAAGAUAUUAUUUUUUUAAGUGUGGUUAAGUGGUUUUUUAACUCCGUUUCCUCCAUUAGAAUUUACUACACAAGUUCCGAGGGCAGAGAUUACGGUACUGUUGUCUAUUUUAUAAUUUGAAAUGAAUGUCCUGAAAGAAUGUCGUUUUUGUAUGGUCUCAUCACCCCAGCUCAGCUGAGACAAGAAGCCAUGGACGCUAUCACAAACACCACCAGGAUCAACCAGACGAGUAGGAAGAAAGAUCUUGGAUACAUGUGGCCGGAAACAAAGACUUUACUGACCAAAUUCUACACUGAACAUAUUCAAAAACUUUCCCAUUUCCUCGGUGAUGACAGUUUUACAUUGCGAGACAUCUUAGACCAUAACAAAUCUCAUUGA